AUGGGUGUGCAAGACUUCAUCCGCUUCGACCUAGACGAGUAUCGGGCCAAAGUACGGAACUACGAUGAUCAAGAACUACAAAAGAAAGAGGUGGUCUUGAUCCGGACGGCAUACUCUGGACAGGCGGGGAUUGUCAGCGGCGCCAUCAUGGCUCCGUCCACUGGCGGUGCUUCGAUGCUCGGCUGCGUUGCCGCAGGCAGGACAAUCCACCUGGUCGAACAGAAACUCGAGGUGGUGCGCGCCGAAUUGACCAGACGUGGGCUCCCACUGCACGAGAAGAGGACGAGGGACCAUGCAAUUCCCGUCACCACGGGCAGCAUCGCUGGAGCCAUGGGGCUGGCCUCGGGCAUGGAAGGACACAUUCUUGGAACAGCUGCCGCUGCAGGAGCCAACCUCGUUGCAGUCACCACAGAGAAGCUGGAUCGUGUCCAGACAGCUCCAGUGCGCCCAGGUCCUCAAGAAGCUAACAGCUUCCAACGUCUGAAGAGGUCUGUGACGGAGACUGCGACCUCACGCUCUCGAUCCCUCCUCCACCCCUUUUCAUCGGAAGACAAACUUCUCUUUCAACAAUACGACGAGUUGGUUGCCCGCAAAAAGUCCCUCGAGGAACGCUACCAGAGGCUCCGCGAAGCUACUCUGGCGGCUGCGGGCGCGAAAUGGUACUGGUACGUAGUCUACCACUACCCCUGUGCAUCAGAAAGCCUCAUAAUUUCGACCCAUUCAGGCUUGUGGAUCGAAUCCCUUCGCCGUAGAGACAGCCUCGGUCAAUGGGACAAGACUAUCCAACGGUGUCAUCGUCGAUGGGCCAAGGACGGACUGGAACGUUUCCAAAAAGACCUUGACGAGACGAAAAAGCGCUUGGAUGAAUGGAAUGUCUUGGUUGUCAAAAGUCUACCGCCGGGACCCAUUUCUGCACCCGAUGCUACCUCUGAGAUGCUUGUGACCCUGAACCGCAGCAUCACAAUCUGUCUGCUCCCUCUGGUGGGCUACUGGAUAUUGAGACUGUCCUGGUUCGGGCUGGCAUAUAGACUGCUCGUCAUCGUGCUCCUGGGAUUCGGCGUCCACGCGCGAAUCUUGUGGGACUACGAGAUGUACCCCUUGAUCCCGAUCCGCGUUGCGAAGACAUAA